GCCGGCCGCGAGUUGAGGCGCAAAAACGAAAAGUAUCAAGUAGUGUCGCGCCAAUCACAAUUUAAGACACACAUUUACCGCCAAAGCCGUUCAAGCGGGCACCUCGCUUCACCAUUCAUUACUCCACCGUACCAACUGAUGCACUGAGCACUCGUUGCUAGCUCCAAGCCUGAAAAUCAUCAAAAACCCUCUAUCGCCAAAUUCUCCCGUGAUCUUACUGUGUUUUGGCAACACCCCAAGUGUUAGUUCGCAUUUUAUUUCAAACGUUUCAAACUGACAGUCGCGAGUUGUGGUUCACUAUUCCUUUUUUUUUAAUUUAUUAUUUAUUUUAUUUAUUUGGCCAGUGUUUUUUUUUAUUUUUUGUUGUGUGCCAGUUACAUUUUUGUCGUCCACCGUUUACGGAAGGAGAUACACAAAAUGUCACAGAACUGCAAAGCUUCAUACGCCGCGGCGACCACUCGGGACGCAAAUAACAACACGCUGUAUCAUGGAGGCACUGGACAAGGAUUCGGAGGGAGGAGCUACGGUCCUCCUGGAGUCACCACUAAAGCUACACAAAUGACAGCGAAAGUGCUUUUCGGAGGAUCGACGAUCAACGACCUCACCAAAAGGCAAGAGAAGGCGGAGCGGGAAGUGCGGCGGACACAUUAGCGACAUCUAGACUCAGGCGCUGCAUAUGUGAUAAGAAAGUCUUGGAAGCUAAGGAGUGAUCUCGGAAGACAGAAUUUAUGUCCAUAAUAAAUAUUUUUAUAUACAUUUUGUAUUGCUAAUAAGAAAUUAUCAAUAUUUACACGUACCACUGAUUCUAGAACAUUUUCUUUGGUCUUGGAAUACCUAAGAUGCUGUGUCAAGUAAAAACAUUUUCAAAAUUCGUAAUUAAAUCAUCAAACCUAGUGUUAAGAACAGUCUAGAAUACAAUAGGUGCUACUCUUGUUGUAAUAUGGGAUACAUAACAAAAAUGUAUUCAAGUAUUUAUUUCAUCCAUAAUGUACACAGGUGUUGGAAAAUACAGUAUUUAGUCACAAUUAUGGACCCUGUCAACAGCAAAAUAUAAAAUUCGUAGGAGAUUGUAAAGUAUGUAAAGAGUUUCCUACAUUUUUCUAGGUAUCCCCUAGAGAUUAGAAUUUGGUAACAGCGCCAUCUAGAAUCAGUGUUAUGUAUAAAAUUUAUUAAUUAUAGAUAGUUUUUAAAAGAGUUUGUUAAAUAAGAGUAUGUAUAAAGGCCAUUAGAAAAUGAUUGUUUCCUAAAUACCCGCCUUCUUAUGAUUUUUUUAUCGAAAUUUUAAUAAAAAAAAUAUAUUUUUUAUAAUUAAUCGUUUUAGGUUUUAAUAUAUUCCUUGUGGUUUAACUAUAAGAUUUUUAUACUGAACAAAACAUUAAUAGCAAAAAAAUUUUAUUUUGGAAAAAGAAUUGAUAAACAUGUAAUAAACCUUGGAAUUAUACUCUACAUAUACGUAGUUGUAACUUUUACAACAACGGAGGCUUUACGAAACCGUUUAUUUAUUUAAAAACAACUAAAAUAAAUAAAUAUAACAAAAAAUAAAUUGCAAAAAAUAAUUAAGUUUAUUUACAUUUAUUUUAGCUCUAAUUAUAACAAUUAUUAUUGAUAAAAUAAACACAACAACAUAUUGUUGAUAAUGUCACAACACAUAUCUGUGAUCUGUUGUUUUUUUAAGAGAUUUUAUAUUUUUUAAUUAUGUAAUUUAGAUUUUAUUUUUAUACUUACUAACAGAGUGAACCAGUUUUUAAUUAAUUAUGAGGACAGAUAUUAUAUUAUAGACUCCUGAUUGUAAACGCAAUCUCCGAGCUGGUAUCUUGAGUUCGAUCUUUUAAAACGAGUUUUUCUUAGACGAAGGAUUUUUAAGGGGGAAAAUCAUCCCCAAUUUCUUUUCUCGCCUUGGGCGAGGCGAGAGAAGGGUCAGACUCUUACUGACUAAAAACCAUCUCGUUCCUACUUCUACUCUUUGAGCCGGUAAAGCCGCUAGGUAUUCCGUAGCUCCGGGUCAGGCAUCAGCCCUACUAAACCCCAUCUGUGGUGCUUCAAUGGCUCUUACUUAGACAAAAGAUUUAAAUUUCAAAUACUUAAAUUGCAAAAACUUUGCCUUUAAGAAAUGCAAAUCCCGCGAAAUUGGGGCUGACGCGACAUCUCACAAGAUUAUAAAAAUCAAAUUCUACUAUUGAUUUGUAUGUUUUGUUGCAAAUAAUCCUACAAUUUGUAUACAUAUUUUUUACUAUUUUUAUUUAUUUUUACGAUCUUUUCUCGAAAAUUGGAACAAAAGAAUUUUGACUAAAGCUAUGCGGACAAAUUUGGAAGCAGAAGCUAGUCUAGAGAUCUCGAUGAUCGAGAUUGCAUUCCCUAAUUGACCUCUAUUUCUUUAAGACCAAUAACGCAACUAGGUAAGUAACAUUACCUACACCUUUGUUUUACUUCAUAGACAAUGUUAUUGUACACGAAACAAAAUCUGCAAAUAUUGAAGACACUUUUUCCCUAAAUAAUAGAGCAGAUAAUUACAAUGUCAUUCAACUAAACGCUUGCCUACAUUAUCUCCAUUGUGCACUUUGUAUCGACACUUUGUAGUAACAGAGUCGUGAUGAACUUCUUCAACACGAAAUAAAUCUAAACUCUACGUUUACAGAAACCUGAAGGACACAAAAACACCUGAAGCGUAUCUAAACCGCAUUAGUUUCAGUAAAAUCAGUUAAAAAAAACUUAACUCAGUCGUCAAUUUGCAAAAGAUUGAAGUAAAAACUCAAUGUAGUGAUUCAGAACAAGUCUAAUUCCAAAUAAGUAACUAGAGGACCGCUAUAAAACGUUUUAUUUUUAAACAAAACGAGGAUACUUGCAAUAUUUUUCCACGAAUUAUUUUGUAGACUAGCAAGUCAGUCGGUCAUCGCACUACCUGAAGGAUUUUAUACAAUCCACAUUGUACCGAAUAAAUAAAGUAAAAAGAAAAUCUUGGAACCAACCAUUAGACUAUAAGACAGAGAAACCAUUGCAUAAAAAACUCAUAGUACAUCAUUUAUCAAAUGAUCGCGGUCAUGUAGUAAAUUAUUAACUUUCCGUCGUAUGAUGUAUCGAGAUUAAAUCUUUAAAAUAAGUAAUUUAAUCUAACAUAGAAAAGGACGUUUUUAAUAUCCAUAAAUAAAAGGAGACACCUGCAAGACUCGAUUAUUAUAUUCAGUCAACUAGACCACCUGUACCUAUACAACAUAGAGCCACUUUUAUGUAGAAUGUAUCACUUAUAUUUCUUUUACUUCACCUACCACCACAUAUAAGUCCUCCAGUACCUCGCCACGGGGCGCGAUCUCCAGGUCUUAUUUUUAUGAUUUAUGCAGUAUCUUUUAAUUAACCUAAAAUAAAAGUCUUUCACACAUCCCAAUAAACGUCGACUCAUCAAAACCCGUAAUAGAGAAUAAUAAUCAUAAACUAUCUAAAUAGAAACCUGAUCUACACGAAUAAAGACAAGAUAAAUUGAAACUGACAAAAAACUAUACAACAAUUGAUUAAUAGUUGCUAUCAAUUUAUUUCCUCUUUUUGUCCACGCGUACAAAUUUCAGACUGAAUGCGGGAUGAUUCAUAGCUUCUGUCGUAUCGGCGAAAUCAGUUUGGAGGAUCAAUAUCACGUUCGUAUACUUUGAUAGGGUAGGUGUCGGUGUAAUAGACAUAAAUACUGAUGAAAACUACUGUAAUGGGUAUGCUAAAUUAAUAAUGAUAUUAUGAUACUAUUGCCAUGCUCGUCUUGUGGGUAUUGUAAGAACUGACUAAGGGAUUACACUUUAGGGUACAGUGGGUAAAGUUCUUUAAGAAAAGGAAGAGCCUCCGACCAGGCGCGGUGAUUGUGUGAAGUUGUUCUUAAGGAUUUUCUCACCAUGUUCAUCCACGCAUGUGCGAUAUAGCAUAUGUGUCAUCGAUCAUCUAUGCGGCCUUUGACAGAGAAGAGUCACCAGCGCUCCCUUAUAAACCUGAACAUUUUUAACUGUGAUCUUCAACCCCUACUAAGGGUGGAAAUUGUGGAAAUUACUAUACCUACCCUCCUAUGUAGGGAAGUUGUUAGGGUUUAAUAUGGACAUUUGACAAUGAUGAUGAGUGAAAUUACUAUUAAAUUUUAAGAUCGAACUCAAAAGAACUAAAAUAACCGAACCGAAGUUGGGAGUUUCUUAAGAGUACAUUUAAUGGUAUACUUGAAUUGAUGUUUUAAUAGAGAUUAUAAAGAGGCAUCAUAGAAGUGAAAAUAGGAUUAAAAAUCUGAUGCCAGUGUUAUAGAGAGAUAUUUUUAAUUUUUGUACUUUUUUAGAAAUUAAAUAACAUUGUUUACGAA